CCCAAAAUCCUUAAUUUGGUUCUACGGCCGAUUUGGCCAUAAAACCAAAUCAUGGGAUUUUGAGAAACCUCAUAUGGGAAAACUAAAUCAUCCCUGAUCCAAACCUUUCAGAAAACCUCUUUCCUUCACCUUCAUUUCACCGGCAGUCUCUCGUUGAUGAUCUAUACAUAGUUAUGAGUCUUCACUGUUUCUCUGCGGUUCUUCUAAUCUAGCACUCUCUGGUGUCUCUUUGGGUGGCAUCAUCUACUUCUUUGAGGUGUUGGAGGAAUUAACAACAUCCAUAUAGAAUGUUCAUGCAUGGUCUCUAAGUGACAUGUUUUGUGAACAUGCACAAGCCACACCAUCAACAGGAGUACUGCAUUCGGUUCACAUGGCUCGAUCAGCAUUGGAAGAGACUUCCGAGUCUGGUGCAUUCAAUCGCACACCAUCAACUUUUCGGAGUUUAAUUUCAAGAGAUAAGACAUCUCCUUUUCCUGCAGAAUCUGGUAGGUAUCAUCUAUAUGUAUCAUACGCAUGUCCGUGGGCAUCCAGGUGUUUAGCAUACUUAAAGCUCAAAGGGCUGGACAAUGUAAUCAGCUACUCGUCUGUAAAACCAAAAUGGGAAAGGACCAAGGAAACUGAUGAGCAUUAUGGAUGGGUUUUUCCUGCUUCUAGCAUGGAAGAACCAGGAGCUGAACCUGAUAAGCUAAAUGGAGUUACAAGUAUCAGAGCUCUUUAUGAGUUUGCAAGCCCUAAUUAUUCUGGAAAAUAUACUGUUCCAGUUCUUUGGGAUAAAAAGCUUAAAACAGUUGUCAACAAUGAAAGCUCGGAUAUAAUACGUAUGAUGAACACUGAGUUUAAUGAUAUGGCAGAGAAUGUGGAUUUGGAUUUAUACCCUACUCAUUUGCAGCCUCUUAUUGAUGAGGUCAAUGAAUGGGUAUAUGAUGGAAUUAACAAUGGUGUUUACAGGUGUGGAUUUGCUAAGAAACAAGAGCCUUACGAUGAGGCAGUCACAAAGUUAUAUGAAGCCUUGGACAAGUGUGAAGAGAUACUAAGCAAGCAGCGGUACAUUUGUGGGAAUGUGUUGACUGAAGCUGAUGUGCGCUUGUUUGUCACUCUCAUAAGAUUUGAUGAGGUUUAUGUUGUUCAUUUCAAGUGCAACAAGAAGCUGAUACGAGAGUAUCCAAAUCUGUUCAACUACACCAAAGACAUAUACCAAACCAAUGGCAUGAGCAGCACCGUUAACAUGGAACACAUCAAGAAGCACUACUACGGAAGCCACCCAUCCAUCAAUCCAUUCGGUAUUGUUCCAAUUGGUUCCAACAUCGAUUUCUCUGCUCCUCAUGACAGAGCUCGCUUUGCCCCUUAAAAAACUCCCAAUGAGUGUUCGUGCCCACCUUUCCAUAUAUUUAUCAACUUAUGAAUGUGUUUUCUUUCCUAUGUGCUCAAUUGUCUCAUGUGGAGAAGAACAACAUCCUCUGUUUUUGAAUGCUUGCUUCUGUAUGCUAAACUAAAGCAUGUUUGUCCCCCAUCUUCACUCUUUCUCUCUCUCUCUAUUUAUAUUUCUAAAAUAAUUAUGUGAGUUUGUAUCUA